AAUGGAUUCUGUUAAUUAGCUGCCGACUAGUCAUCUCGUAACACACGCUCUAUGUCUUUUCGGGUAUUUUUUACCGUACUGAGUGUUCCGUGAAUCGACGAUGAAUCGUUUUUUGACGGUUUUGAUCAUCUCGGGACUUUUUCACUUCGGUGUAUGCAUGCGGUGUUAUGUCUGCACAUCCGAAGCCAGUAGCAACCAAUACGAGUACGACGCGUGUCUAUACGGCGACGAAAGAUAUCUAAGAUCUGUCACGUGUAACGAACCUUCAGUCUGUGCAGCCUAUCAUUAUCAGACACUAAUUCCAGGAUCUCUAAACCAGCUGAGCACAAGCAGAGGAUGUCAGGCGUUGCGUUACGGCGCUACGUGUGAAGACAUCUUCAACGAUUUAAGGAAGACAGGGUCGGUCUUGCCCGGGCAGCACAUCUGUGCGACGUGUAGCGAGGACCUUUGUAACCGGGCCGCCAUUUUUCCAACAGGACCUGUUUUAGGCGUAAUGUCGAUAUUUCUGUGGGUAGUGAGGUGAACUGACCUCUCGUUUCGAUUUUCUAUUUCAUCUUCAGGGCUUUAAUUAUUGUAAAUCUCCGUGUCUGAAAAAUUACGUAAAUAUAUUUUGGAUGUUUGAGAACUUUAAUAUAUACACAAUUUCAUAACGCUGAUAACGUUCAAUGCAAAUUUACUUCAUAUAAGUCGGUUACUUGAGAAUGUGAGUCUACCGCUUUGGUGAUGGCCCUUCGAGUGAUUUGUGCUAUUUUGGUGGUGGUUGCCUUUAAUAAUUUGGACUCAGUAAAUACUCUGGAUUGUUAUUCCUGCACAGCUUCUUUGGGGAGUAAUUUCAGAUGUGAAAAUUUGUCUUACAGUGGCGGCACUUUACCUUACUACACUUGUAUGUAUGGUGAUGCAGUCUGCGCAAAAUAUGUGAUUGAAUAUGGAGAUUCAUUGAUGAUUCACCGUAGUUGUCAACACAGAGAUAUAUGUGCCGUUUUAGCCGCGAAGUACAACAAUUAUUACAGCAAACUUUUAGAUUGCCAAACGUGUUCUGAUCAUAACUAUUGUAAUCAUAGUGCGGUUCGCAAAUUGGCGCCAUUUUUAGCCUUAACACUGUUCUUCUUGGGAAGGGUUUUUAGUUAAUUUUUGUUGUUUAUUUGCGGAAUAAAUAUAACACAAUGAAAUGUUUCGUGUUUUUGAAUAGUUACUGUCGUUAUAGUAAAUAAUGUAUCAAAAAAAUGAUAAAACCUCAUGUACCUAUCUACC